AUGUCCAUGAACUGCAUGGAGGCCGCUGAAUCACAGUUCCUUACUGCUAUUGAAAUGUCACAAGAAAGAGAUUUAUGGAUGUUUGCAAAACUCAACCUAGCCAUUGUGUAUCUACGAGGUCGGAGAGAUAAUGACUUAGCACAACUCAUGGAACAGGUGAGACCAGAAGCACUGCCCGCAUACGCGCAUGGAUUACGAGCGGCUUCGUAUUACGUACUGGGACUACAGGCUUUUUUCCAGGCGCGGUAUAAUGAAGCCAAACGAUACCUUCGGGAAACUCUAAAGAUGGCCAAUGCGGAAGAUCUGAACAGACUGACUUCCUGUUCGCUUGUGUUGCUCGGUCAUAUAUUUUUAUCAAUCAACAAUUCUCGGGAAAGUAUGAACAUGGUGACACCAGCGAUGCAACUGGCCAGCAAAAUACCAGACGUUCAUGUCCAAUUGUGGGCCUCCGCAAUAUUGAAAGAUUUAUAUCGGCUGGCCGGCGACACUGAGCGCGAAAAUGAAGCUUACCAAAUGCACUGCAACUUUUCACAAGCUCUCCUAAAGGAUCAUUUCCAAGCGACUCAGCUGCCUCAACAUGCGUUAAUUCAGUGGACGAGCGGGCCUCCCCCCCGUAUUCCCCCCCACCCUCAAACGUUACUAACACCACAUAGUGACCGGGGAACAGUCCUAGGACAGAAGACGUGCCUAGUGAUAGUGAAAAAUAAUGAAAAAGCACUCAGUUUAAGAAGGAUUAUUUAG